GGGGCGGUCUCGGCUGCGCGGGGCGGCCGGCGGGCGGCAUGGCGCGGGCGGCGCUGGGCCUCUUGCCGAUACUGUUGAGCUGCGCGCGGCCCCGGGGGCCCGGCCUGAGGUGGCUGUGGGGGCGCGGGGCCCGCCUGGAGGCCGCGGAGAGAAGGCGGGCCUGGGGUUGGGGCUGGCGGCGCUUGAGCUCCGAGCCAGGACCCAGGCCGGCGCACUACCAGCUCGUCUACACCUGCAAGGUCUGUGGGACCAGGUCCUCCAAGCACAUCUCCAAGCUCGCCUAUCACCAGGGUGUGGUCAUUGUGACCUGCCCCGGCUGCCAGAACCACCACAUCAUCGCCGACAACCUGGGCUGGUUCUCGGACCUGUAUGGGAAGAGGAAUAUUGAAGAAAUCCUGGCGGCCAGAGGGGAGAAGGUACGCCGAGUGGCUGGCGAGGGGGCCCUGGAGCUCGUUUUAGAGGCUGCGGGGCCCCCCAAAUCCACCACUGCUAUGGAAGGGGCUGAGGACCAGGAUCCCACCCACCCUGGCAACAAAGAGGCCAGCUGACCCGCCUUGUGCCUCCAAGAAGGAUGCUCCGGCCCUGAGCCACGCUGGACUUGCCUGUUCCUAUCAAUAAACCAACAUCACUUGCAGAUGCUGGGACCUGGGGCUCUCCUGUCAUCCCUGGUUCUGGCGUCAGAAUGACUCACAACAAGCCCCUCCAGGCUGCAGGCCAGGGCCUCCUGUGGCUGCUGGCCAUGUCUGAGUGGGAAGGGGCUGGAUGUGGAGUCUGAGCCCCUCCUGGCUGUGGCUGUGUGGCCUUGGGCAGGUCACUUUGCCCCUCUGAGCCUUCGUCUUCCUGUCUGCAGAUGAAGAUGCUCACGGUGCCACCUCGUCAGGAGUAUAGGUGGAAAGAUGGCACUCAGGACGGGCACGGGGUGGCUCAGCCCCGCCACGCCCCCAAGUGUCAGGGCCCCAAUGUUGUUGUUUUUUUUUUUUGCCACGCCACAUGGCGUGUGGGAUCUUAGUUCCCCAACCAGGGAUCAAAACCGUGACCCCUGCGCUGGAAGCGGGGAGUCUUGACCACUGACGGUCAGGGAAGUCCCAGGGCCCCGAUCUCGAUGGCCCGUUAGCCACUGUUCUUCCUGGGAGUGGGGUCAGCACCCCCAAGCCCCACCGGGGGUCCUGUCCCUCUGGCCAGACACAAGGAGGCCCUGUAGAUCCUUCUGUGCCGCCUGCCGUCUCCUCGACGCCCCCUGGAUGGCACUGGUGAGCCGGUGCCAACCUCAGCCCUGACCCUUGGCCACUGGCCAAGCCAAGUCAGCAGGCUGGGCUGCUCACCGUGGCUGCAGGCGGGCCAGGCGGAGUGGGAGCUGGGCUGCUGUGGGCCUGGCGGUGGGCCGCCUGCCCCACGGAGUGUCCCCCUCCCCGGGGCUGUGCAGUUUGUCUCCCAACCUCGUUUGCCCGCCUUCUCAGGAUGUUCCUGUGUUUAUGAAAGCAUGUUCAUUUCCAGAAGGUUCUGGGCUGUGUGACCUUCAACAUUGAUCACCGGCCACGAUCUCGCAGGAUCCCCGCAGGAUCCGAGCUCCUGACGGCGCCCCCGUCAGCACGGGCCUCGGCACUGCUCUCCAGGCGCCGGCAGCUCGUGCUCCGACUCGAAUACCCGCCGUUCUUCCCGUGGUGAACAACCCCCUAUUAUCCUGCCCAGAGCCUCCUGUGACAUUUGCGGAGUCAGUCAUGGCGGACGAGCCAGCCCCAGGCGUGCUCCUCCACGGAGGCCCCGAGGGACCCGCUGGCCUUGAAACGCCAGAGCAGCGGGGCCUCGCUGCCGCCACAGGGUUGGAACCGGGUGUGGGGCGGCCCAGGGAGCUGGCCGGACUCUGAGAACGCAGAGCGGGGACCCAGGGAGCUGGCCGGACUCUGAGAACGCAGAGCGGGGACCCAGGGAGCUGGCCCGACUCUGAGAACGCAGAGCGGGGACCCAGGAGGGCCACGCAGGCCAAGCCCUCCCUCCAUGGGCGGUCUGGACAUGGCUGCUCGCCACAUCUUUUUAUUGUCUGCUUUCUGACGUUUUGAAAUCUGGGCCCUCUGACCCUGGAGAGCUGGUCAGUUCCUGGACACGGCAGGGCGAGUGCACCCAGGGCAGGUUCCGGACGACUCGGGCAGCCCCUCCACCCAGAGCCACUGAAGACCUUCUCACCGGCCGAGCAGGCCUGCUGGCCCUGCCUCACUGUUUCUUCCCACAGAAACCACAGGAAAGGCUCCGGCCCAUCCUCCCCUGCCUCCUGACCAACGCUGGUGCCUCCCCGUGUGGCCCCCGCCCAGCCGCCGUCCAUCUCCAGUCCCUUCUCAAGGUGCCCCUGGCUCCUUCCACGCCCCCCCCCAACUAUCUUCCAUCCCUCGUUCCUGGCCAGGACCCUCUCCAAAUGGUCAGAUUAGGGUAUCUGGGCCAACCUCCUGUGAUCCUGUGACAGCACGUCCCCAAGCGUAGUCUUCUGAGGACAGCUUGAUGGGCAACGCUGGGUUCCAGGACAUCAAACAAACUUCUUCCUGCAGGACUUCUCAGAGCCUUUAGCAUCCUGGCCUGGCUGUGAGCCACGGAGAGGCAUGGUGCCCCGCGAUACUUCCCGGAGCACUGAGAACUCUCUGGGGUGGGGGGUUGGGGGCUCCACCCUUCCCCGUAUGGGCCUUGUUCUCAACCACCCUCCCUUUUCUUUACCUCACCCAGGAGAGACUGCAGGAUGGCAGGCUCGGUAGGGAGGCCUGAGGUUCCCUGUGCCCCGCUGGGGGCUGCCCCACACUGCACUCCACGCCUUCCAGCAGCCUCGUCUCGGCACCAGAGCUCCUCUGGGAGGGGAACGUGGGGCUCAGGGCUGAGGUGUGGGCUUUGGAGGACACUUGGGCUCCCACGCCAGCACCCUCACCGGCUGUGUGUCCCUGGGAUUGCCGCUUCACCCCUCUGAGCCCUAGCCCCGCCCCCCCAAGCCCGUGUGCGGGGUGGGCGGGAGCAGGGCCAGCCUGGGGCGGCAGGAGGGCACUGCUCCCCGGCCCCAGGCCCUGGCACGGUGCAGGCUUGCUCACCCAGGUGGAGAAGUCACUGGGCCUCUGAAAGCACCAGCACCUGUGCCAGCCCUCAUCCUGACACGACAGCUUUCGCUUGGCAGACUUUAUUUUUUUCAGGAAAAACAGAAGAACAAAUGUACCUCUUGGGUUGGAAAAGACCCCUUGACAACACGGCAAACACACGUGUGAGCGACAAAUACGCACGGACAUCGGGUGCGUGGGGCGGCCGAGCAGGAGCCUGUGCUCUGACCUCUGACCCCACACCUGCCGCCCUACCCUCGCCCUCGGGGCCCCUCCGCCCAGAGCGCCCCGGGCUGUACUGUACCGAGGGGCGGGGGCCCGGCGGCCCCCCCAAGCUCAGAGGGUGGGACCUGGGGCUGGGUGAGGCGCCACGCAAGAGGGCAGCCUGGGGGCCGUGGGGCUGCGGCUCGACCCAGGGACGCUCCAGGAGAGCUGGAGAUGGGCCCUACAGGAGGCGGGCUGAGGGGGGGGGGGUCUGGGCGAGGGCGCCGGCCACAGUCUCCCCAGAGGCCUGUCUCCUGCCCAAUCCCGAGGGCCGACUCACCCCACGGGAGAAGGCGUGAUGUCAUCUCGCCCCACGGUGGGGUUGAGGGCUGGGUGCUCACCAUGGCCACAGAGCUGGAGCCCUCGCACCUGCCGCCCACCCUGGCAUGGUCAGGGUGCAGACCCCUACCAGCUGGUGUUCCCAGAACCGGGCCGGCUCAGUUCCUGGGCUCCUGGGCUUGGAGCUGAGGAAUGUGGAGCUCACCCCCUUCCCUCCGCGCCCUGCCGGCUCAGGAGCACGUGCCUGGUGGGGCUGGGGACCCCACGUAGGAGCCACUGCCUCCACUGCCUGGCAGGCUACAGGCUUCCUGGGACUGGCCUCCUCCUCCAGGCCGGGUAGGAGGGAGAGGAGAAGGGCUGGGGGGGGCCCUCCCCAGGGGUGAGGCCGGCUUCAGGAGGACAGAAACGCCCAUGCCGCUGGUGGCCACAGAGAAGAGGCUUCAGAGACACCUUUGGGGGUUGGGGUCAGCGGGGUUUUCACAUUUGGCCGGGCGGGGGGCAGGGCGGGAGCGUGGAGGUCUGGACAGCACCGGGCUUUGGGGCCGACAUGCUGAAGGCCCGGCCUGGGGCAGGAGCGGGGCGGGGCGGGGCAGGCCUGCAGGAAGCUGCGUACCGAGAGGGGCCGGCGCAGGACAGGAGUGGGCCCCGGCCCGAGCCUGCUGCCCCGGGGAGGGGACGCCACGGGGGCCGCGUGCCCAGCGUCCGGCUCAGUGAGGUGGGCUGGGUGGCUCAGAGCCUGCCCUCAGCUGUGGCCUCGGGAGGAGCUGGCUUCACGGGGGGUGCUGUGGGCAUCCUGGACAUUUGUGAGCCCCCCCGGGCCGCCGCCCCGGUCCAGGAGCGGGGGUGGGGCGGCCCGGCUGCGGGUGCGAGGCCUUAGCUGGCGCCGGGCUGGCACUGCUGCCGGGGCUCGGGGGCUCCGCCCACCUCCUGCUCCGGGCUCCCAGCGAGGUCCACCCGCUGCUCGUCCAUCCGCUUGGCCUGGACCCUCUGGAUGAGGCUGAAGAAGUCCUCGUCGGGCAUGGUGGGGCCCCGGGGCAGCACGUCCGGUGGCGGGCAGCGCUGGUCGUCGAUCCUGGAGGACUGGGCAGACGUGGACACGCGGGUCGGCGGCCUCGCUUCCCCAGGCCUUGGAGGGCCCAGUCCAGCGCCUGGGCCCGGCGCUCAGAGGCCCCAGGGACAACUCGGCAGCAGUGCCAACUCAGGAGGGCCUCCCUGGGAAUCAGCUCCAGGGCACAGCUGGGAGCCCUGACCCCGAGAACGGCCUACCCGGCGGGCGAGCUGCUGUGGGAGCCUCCCAGGCCUGCUCUUAAGGCCGCCAGACCGUGGUGUGUUCACGAGCCCCGGGGACAGGACGGGGUGCAGCUCCCGGAGCUGGUGGUGCCGAGCCCCCCCCAGGGCCCCCUCGGGUCAGGGGGCCGGGAGCCAGCAUAGCCUGUGGGGCGUGCGUGUGGGCGGGGGUUCUCGGUAGGGGCUGCUUUUGAGGCUCCUUGGACUCGCCCAGAGCUGCACUUUCCUCUCCUCCAUGGGGAGGAAUGUCACAUCUGGAAACCUUCCAGCUUCCUGCACGGGGGGGGCUAUGAGGCUGCCCCCUCCCCAGCCAUUUCACUGAGGGUUUCCUGACCCUGAAACUCCACCUGCAGUUCUGCCCUGCCCAGACUGGUGGGUGGCUGCACCCCAUGGUGUCGACCAGACCCCUCCUGCCCUCUGCACUCUGGGGGUGCCGCCUGGCACCCCCAGGAAGGCUGGAAGGCUGGAGGAAUACCCGGUGAGGCGCCCGGCUCCAGGCUCCUGCACUGUAGGCAGGGGCCGGCCUGAGGAUGUCCUGGAGUGACCUACUCAGGGGGUCCAGGAGAAGGCCCAUGGGUCUGAGCACCCACGGGCACUCAGAGACACUGGCUGAGCCAGCCUGGGGUGCAGUCCCGCGUGACGCACCCUGAGAUGGAGGGCCCAGGCCCUGCGUGGAGCCUCCCGGGGAGGGGCCCUGAGCUGACCGGGGCCGAGGGGCCUGGGGGGCAGGCGGGAGGAGGGUGGCGGAGCCCACCUGGCACUUGAUAAGCAUGUUGAAGAACUCGUCCCCCGGCUCCUGGGGGUCCCCGUCUCCACGCAGGUGGCCCAGAUUGUUAUGGGUGAUACGCAGCCCGGGCAGGCUGCCCACGCUGGCCCGCUGGUCGUCCAAGCGGCGGCUCUGGGAGCUGGCGAUGAGGUCGAAGAACUCCUCGGUCUGGGGGGAGGCCGUCAGCGAGGGCUGGCCUGCGGGGCACAGGGGGUCAGGCCCGGGGAGGCAGGGACCUAGCCCACUGUGCCCCCGGAGCCCCCAGCAGCCUCUCUGCCGACCCCAAACCCCAGCUGCUCUCCGCCGCUCCUGCCGUGGGCCCGACGCCCGCCUUGAGGGCCUCCAGGGGUGACAGAGCAGAGAGCCUGGCUUCCCGCACCCGCUCCGAGACCGCUGCACCCCGACACGGUGUGUUCCGGAGAGUGGGAUGAUUACACGCUUUCCGGGAUGCAGCUUUGGGCAAGGGUGGGGGCAGCCGUGGCUUCAGCGGCUGCGGGCUGGCCCUCCUCCAGGGGACAGCGCUGGUCGUCCAUGCGGCUGCUCUGGAACUUGCUCAGCAGGUCAAAGAAGCACUCCUCGUCGGAGGAGGGGGCCCGGGGGAUGCUCUGGGGGGCGGGACGGGCAGUCAGUGCUGGCUCUAGGCCAGCCACAGGUGGCCCUGCUGUGGUCACCAGCCCCUCACAGACCCCCGGACGCAGCUGAGUGCUGCUCGGCUUGGGCCCCUCCCGCUCCCAGCACCACCCCUGCCCCCCCCCUCCUCCCUGGUGCCCCCCGGGGGCCCCUACUGGGCCCUUGUGUCAGCCGCCAGCAGUGAGUGCCACCCAUGCCUGUGCACCUCCGGAGCCCCAGUACCCAGCACAGCGCUCACCAGUGUCUGCUAAACAAGUAAACGAGUGAGUGAGGGACUAGCCCCCUGGCAGCCCGUGAUGCACACUGGACGUGGCGGUGCCAGGGCCCUGGCAGCGGUGAUGCUGGACCCAAUUGUGCCAACCAUGUCAGGUCACACCACCAAAGGCAAGGAGCCCGAACUGGGGAAGGCGAGGGCUUCUGUGUUCCCAGUCCCACCCCUUGUGGGGUCUGGACAGUUUUAUAAGGUCCCCAGAGGACAGCAGAUGUGUGCGGGCCACGCUAGAGACAGUGCUCUCAUCCCCCAGCCCCUCCCUCUGCGUGCUGGCUGAGGCGGGAGUGUGGUGGGCCAGGGUCUGCUCUGGGUGGCUGGGGAGAGCCAGGACGCCAGGCUGGGGGCCCUGGGUUGGUGGUUGGACCACAGGGGCUCUGGAAGAUGCCCUCAGUGAGCAUGAGUGUGCAGCCCGGGGGCUUCCCUGGUGGCGCAGUGGUUGAGAGUCCGCCUGCCAGUGCAGGGGACGCGGGUUCGAGCCCUGGUCCGGGAAGAUCCCACAUGCCGCGGAGCAACUAAGCCCGUGCACCACAACUAUUGAGCCUGUGCUCUAGAGCCCGCAAGUCACAGCUGCUGAGCCACAACUACUGAGUCCACGAGCCACAAGUACUGAAGUCCGCGUGCCUAGAGCCCGUGCUCCACAACAAGAGUAGCCACCGCAAUGAGAAGCCCGCGCACCACAGCGAAGAGUAACCCCCACUCGCCGCAACCGGAGAAAGCCCGCGCGCAGCAACGAAGACCCAACG